GGCUGCUCGGGAAAAGGAGAUUAAUAUUGAUGAUUAACUCCUGACGUGCCCAAGCCUUGGGAACUAUAUACGGAAAGAAACCCGGGCGGGAAAAUCAACAAGAGCAAUUCGAGAUAUGGGGUUAUCGACGUAUGGUGAGUGAAAACGUAUACAGAAUGAACCGAAAAAAUCAUCGACAUAGGGAAGGAGUUGUAGAAUAUCUAAAUGUGGAAAGUCGACUGUAUAUAUGUACGGACUAGCCUUUAUUCAGACAAAAUAAUGUAUUUUCAACUCUUUAUAAUUACACAGCUAACAUAAAUAAUGCAUCAAUUAUUUUUAUCACCCGGUUUACAAACCGUGAAAUGAUGCUUCAAAUAGAUCAACAAAGCAGAAAACUGCGCUAAUAGUGUUCUGCAAUCAUGUCCAUUCGGAACGUAGAAGCCUCCUGUGCUAUUGUGAUAUCACUUUCGUUUGUGCUACUGCUAGACGCAACGUUUAUUACUAUCCGAGAGGUAGAUUUCAAGACCAAUGAUGACUACGCCAAGAUUUUCAUUACUUUGCGCAACGGAACAGGACAUCUGCGCGGCAACACGAUGGUGGACAUAGAUGCAAUCAUUUACCAAAAUGUCUCUGAUGGUUUGCUGGUUCGCUUACAUCUCAAAACAAAGAUGAGAACGAAAUAUGUAGUAAUGUUUGAAUCCAGCGUUGAUGUCUGCAGUUUGGAUAAUGCCGAAACCGAUGACCUACUGAUAAACAUGAUGGUUAGCGAAAUGGAAAAGCAUGGUAACAUGAGCAUAAGUUGUCCCUUCAAUUCGGGCAAUUACAUGGUUCGUAACUUCCAUAUCGACACGAAAAAUAAACUGAUAAAGUUUGCACCACCCGGUGAACAUAGCGUAGCCAUCGAUCUCCGACACAAAGCGAAAGAAGGUGCGAUUGCGAUCCCAGUUUUUGAUAUGGAAUUUUUUGCAUCCAUAGUGCAAUAAAAAUAACUCACCAUUCUGUAACACAUUAUUAUAUUAACAAAUACAAAAUAUGGACG